AUGGCCAGUGAUGCUAGUUUUGCUGAUAAUCAAGAUCGCGCUAGCUUAAUAGGGUAUAUUAUUUAUUUAUUCAAUAGCCCUAUUGAUUGGCUAAGCAAGAAACAGUGUUAUGUGAUUCUUUUAACUACUGAAGCUGAAUUAUUAGCCCUAACUACUGCAGUCAAAAGAUUUUUUAAACAAAUAGAGUUUAGCUCUAAUCAACACUUCUCUAUAUUAUAUAACAACCAUCAAACAGUCAAAAUUCUUACUGAUAAGAAUUUCCUCUUUUGGACUAGUCUGAAAUAUAUUAAUAUUAUUAAUUAUUAG